GGGGAGGAGUCGGCGCCAGGUGGCUGCUUCCCAUUGGCUGAUUGGUGAGGCGGCUGCACCCCAUUGGCUGAGGGCACAGAGAGACGGGCGCAGAGGGGGAAGAUCAAGAAGAUGGCGGGUCUGGGCUCGCCGGUCCGUACCCUGCGGAGCCUCGUUCGGGAGCUGCGCUACGUGAGCGCCCAGGCGGGCCGCCCCUACCGGGACACAGCGGCCUAUCGGCACCUCAGGGAGGCCUUCCGCGCCCACCGGGUCACCAGUGAGAAGCUCUGCAGGGCCCAGCAUGAGCUGCAUUUCCAGGCUGCUACUUAUCUCUGUCUUCUGCGCAGUGUCCGUCAACACCUAGCGCUUCACCAAGAGUACCACGCCAAAGGAGAGCGCUCCACUGAGGAAGCUGCUGGCCUCGUGGGCCUUAAACUGCCUCAACAGCCAGAUUUGACUGCUAUGCAGCUGUGGUUCCUGAAUGAACAAUGGAAUCUGAUUUAGAAGUUCCCAGAAAGGGUCCAUGAACAGAGCAAAGGUCUAAAAACAUGAGUGAUAUGUGAUGUAGAUGCUCUUUUCACAGAACUGACCAAACCAAGAGACCUGGAAUCAUGGACCAAUCUUUUAAGACAGGGGUUCUCAAACUGGGGGUAGGGGCCCCUCAGGGAGUCGUGAGGUUAUUACCUUGGGGGUCGCAAGCUGUCAGCCUCCACCCCAAACCCCGCUUUGCCUCCAGCAUUUAUAAUGGUGUUAAAUAUAUAAAUUAAAAACACUUUUUAUAAGGGGGGGUCACACUCAGAGGCUUGCUAUGUGAAAGGGGUCACCAGUACAAACGUUUGAGAACUACUGUUUUAAGAGCCAUAGAGAUCCAAAAAUGUGCUACCAUUAUGCAAUAUAAAGACACCAAUGAAGUACCUAA